CUGACAUUACGAGCGUGCGACGCAACGCAUUCUUAGAUUCAAACGGAUGCCCCUCGGUCCCAUGCACCUUGCCAUAACCUCGAGCCGCGAUAGCUGCCGUACGGGCCGGAAUGCUCUACAGGUCAUCAGCAACCAUUGAUCGUCUUCUCUUUACCUGACUGCCCCGGCAGCUAGGAAGCCAUGGGAGCAAGAAGUUGGGCCUGCGUGCCUACGUUGAUGGUUGCAACAGCAUUGCUUCUCUUCUCCUUUUCCUGGUCUCCAAACCUCGUACUGACCACAACCACCACAAAGAUGGUGUCGACUCCUUUCCUUACAACCCUCCUUGCAGUUCUCAGUCCACACAAACAUAACCGUGUCUAUGCGAAUGAGUUCACUUCUUCCCCUCCAGUGUACCCUAGCCCCCCUAGUCGUGGUCUGGGAUGGGAAUGGGCAUUCACCCAAGCAUCCUAUUUCGUCGCCAAUCUGACUCUCGAGGAGAAGGCUCAGAUAGUGACAGGUACUCCCGGCCCCUGUGUUGGCAACAUUGGCGCUAUCCCAAGACUUGGUUUUGACGGUAUCUGUAUGCAAGAUGGCCCCUUGGGGAUACGAUUGGCUACUUAUGCCUCAGCCUUCCCUGCGGGUCUCACAGCUGCCGCUUCUUGGGAUCGUGGUCUCAUUUUUGCCAGAGGAGAUUACCUGGGUGAUGAAUUCAGACGCAAAGGCAGUCACGUCCUUCUAGGCCCAGUUGUUGGCCCGCUAGGCAGGAUUGCCUAUGCUGGUCGCAACUGGGAAGGCUUCUCACCAGAUCCUUAUCUGACUGGCGAGGCAGCAGCACAAACCAUCAUGGGAAUCCAGAGGAAUGGAGUGCAAGCCAGCUUGAAACACUUCAUCGCCAAUGAGCAAGAGACGCAGCGACUGCCAACUACCUCGAGGAACGGCACGACCAUCGAGUCUCUUUCUUCGAACAUUGACGAUCGCACCAUGCAUGAGCUUUAUCUGUGGCCAUUUGCGAAUGGAGUUCGAGUAGGGGUGUCCUCCAUCAUGUGCUCAUACAAUCGUAUCAACUCGUCCUACGGGUGCCAAAACUCGAAGAAUCUCAACGGCCUUCUCAAGACUGAGCUUGGCUUUCAAGGUUAUGUCGUGUCGGACUGGGGAGCAACCCACGCAGGGGUCGACGCUGUCAAUGCUGGUCUAGAUAUGGACAUGCCUGGAAGCAUCGGCUGGAAUGCCAAUAUUUCGAUGUUUGGGGGCAAUUUGACCCGAGCUGUAAUCAACGGUUCUCUUCCAAUAUCUCGCAUCGACGACAUGGUACAGCGAGUUAUGACUCCAUAUUUCUUUCUUCGUCAACAACAUUACCCACCGAUCGAUGGACGAUCGCCUCUAUUAAAUAAUGGAAACCUUCCUCCUUGGCGACAUCGUUUCAACCUAGGUCCACCUGACAUCGACGUCCGCGACGGUCAUGCCGACCUAAUUCGCGAGCUCGGCUCCGCUGGAACAGUCCUUCUCAAAAAUCAUAAUAAUACGUUGCCCCUGCAUGCACCCAGAACAAUUGGUGUCUUCGGAAAUGAUGCUGGUGACCUGGUCGACGGGGUGUACUUCUCAGGUGGAUCCUACGAUCAGCCCUACGGUUAUGAAUAUGGUACCUUACCGGUUGGUGGAGGUAGCGGUGCAGCCCGUCUUCCAAACCUGAUCACUCCUUUGGAAGCCAUCAAGCUCAGAGCUGCUAGAGAUGGUACCUCUGUACAGUAUCUUCUGAACAACACGCUCAUAACUGAAUCCUCGCUUUCAAUUUCCCGACCAGAUGGUCUGACAUACAUUGUCCCUGUUCCCGAGGUCUGUUUAGUGUUCUUGAAGACUUAUGCCUCCGAGGGGGUGGACAGACACGACCUUGAAGCCGAUUGGAACAGCAAUUCGGUGGUCAAUACCGUCGCCGCAUAUUGCAACAAUACAGUGGUUGUUACCCAUUCAGCGGGCAUCAAUGAUAUGCCAUGGGCAAAUAACCCCAACGUGACUGCCAUUCUGGCUGCUCAUCUACCUGGUGAACAGUCAGGGAACUCCAUCGUCGACAUUCUUUAUGGGAAUGUUAAUCCAAGCGGAAAGCUUCCUUACACCAUCGCCUUGAAUGCCACGGACUACGAUUUUGCACGUCUGACAAACUCUACCCGGCUCCAGGAGACUGAAGAUCCUAAUGCCUGGCAAUCUGACUUCAGCGAAGGCCUUCUUAUCGACUAUCGCCACUUUGAUUACUACAACAAAUCCGUCCGGUUUGAAUUUGGAUUUGGUCUAUCAUAUACAUCAUUCGAACUUUCUGACUUAGUUGUCCAAAACAUUCUUCCGGAACGUGAAAUCACAGCUUUGCCUGCCGCAGCGCCCGUCGGACCUGGCGGUAAUGACAAUCUAUGGGCGAAUCUCUACCUUGUGAAUGCAACCGUCACCAAUCUGGGGAACGUCUCUGGUGCAUGUGUGUCGCAGCUGUAUCUUGGUCUCCCUCAGAUCCCGGGUGAGCAGCCCACACCGAUCAACGUCCUACGCGGUUUUGAAAAGACCUAUCUUAGACGUGGAGAAAGCCAAACCGUUCAAUUUUGGUUGAAACGACGGGAUCUCAGCUACUGGAAUUCGACCAUCCAAAAUUGGGUGAUUCCUGCAGGAGAGAUCAUUGUGAGGGCGGGAUUCAGCAGCCGAGACAUACAGAUGCAGAGCAUCAUCUCACCGAUAAGAGGCCGGCCAUUCGCAGAGUAGGGAGACAUGGGCAGUCGGCCAGUUUCCAAGGACAUGACGCAGUGCACGUAUAAGAGCUGAAGCAGAACUACUACAAGCAUUAAUUCAGAAUCAUAUAUUUGAUCGUUAGCGACAGUGAUGUUCUGCUGGGGAAAGUGAUUGAUCCAUUCGACUCGAGAUGUUUGAGUGGCAGUCACCAGAGGUCGUCAAGUCUCUGGAGAGGAGAUCGACUGGACAUCAAGGAUCCCACGGCCCCUGUGCCCUCCUCCCGCUCAGACACUCUGCGGGCAGGCCGAGCUCGCUGACGAGGAAAACAUCUUCAUGUCUAACACCAAACUUGGAUUCUAGAUAGACACCAGGCUCACUGGUGAAUGUCAUGCCUGGCAGCAAACGUGCGUGGGUAUUUCCUUUGUUCAAGUACGGUGACUCGUGAGCCUUGAU